AGAACUCUUUUUCGUCUAGAGAGCAUAAGUGGUAUUGAUUUCCUUCUCGCAUAAAUUGGUGAGUUUCGCCGACUAGAACCAAGAACAUUGAUGUUUUUGAGUUAAAGGAAUGACAGGCAAUACCAGGGCGUCCAGGAGUAUCUGAUUAUUGUUCCAAAAAACGGUUGUAUGGUUAUACCAUUGCAUCAUCAUGGAUAAAGGGAGAUAACUCUUUGGGAGGACAGUUUAUGUUUUGUGCAACAGUUCUUCCUGUAAAAUGAAUCAGAGUACAAAAUUUUCCUACUCUGGCCAAGGAGCAAGACCAAAGGCAUUGACAAACUCGGCUAUGUUGUCCUCAAAUGCAUCCAUGGCCACAACAAACACAUGUACUGAAGUUUUCAUUGAUGACCACAAGAGUCGUUCACCUGAUGAAUCCAGUCACAGCAAAAAGGCUACUGUCCCGAAUGGAGAUAUACAUUGUCAGGAGGUCAAAGUUCAAAAUGAAAAUGAAUGUUGUCAAAAGUUACAGCCUAGACAAGGAAAUCAUGGAUAUUCAGAGGUUAAAGUUGAAUGUUCAAAAGGUCAUCCUGAAAAAGAUUCUGGAUAUGGAGACUGGCUUAUUCAAGACUUAGAGGUCAAAUUUGACACCAGAAAUUGUCAGCAAAUGACAGAACUGGGCUGUACAGAUAAUCCAUAUCAUGAAGUCAAAGAACAAGAGGUCAAAGGACAAGAGGUCAAAGGUCCAGUCAUAGACUCAGGAUUUGAAGAUGUUGAUGUCUUUUGCUCAAGAACAAACAGUACAGACAUUCAUGUGGAGAAGAUGUCAGUCAGUGAUGAAUUUCUCAAGGGAAUCAAUGAGGUUUGUCAAAACAAACAUUUUAAUGACCAUGAACAGUUUCUUCUUAAGAAGUGGCGUGAAUCUGGCUUGAAACUGUGGAAAAUUCUCCAUGAAAGAGAAGAAUGUAGCAAAAAGAAAAUUAAUAAUUCAAGUAACUCUGAAAGGUUAAUUGGAGUCUGUCAUGAUACAAAUUCUCAUCCAACACAACCUUGUACAAAUGUCCAUAACUCAAAAAUGUGUAGUUUGGAAGAACUAGCUUACAAGCAAGCUAUAAACCAUACUAAUCUGGUCCCAAAACAUCCAGACAGAGCGUGUUCAUCUCACAGCUGUGUUGACUCAGAUCUUCAGGAAGGACAGGCAGCGGUUUUAACACUCGAAUCGCAGCCUGAAUUUUGGACUCUUACUGACAAAGAACAUGUUUUAAAUUCUAAUCCAGAAGACCUUGUUCAAAAAUCAAGAUUUAUGGAGAGCUUCAAUAUUCAGUCAAGCAAAGAACCUGUAGAAUCUGUAGCUGAAGUGGCCAGUGAAGACACGUCUGGAUGUAACUCUGUAUUGAAACUCUGUGACAUUGUGGAUGUUCCCGCAUUGAAGGAAGAAAAUUACCAUAAAAACCAGUCUGCAGGUCCUAAGUCCUUAAAUUUUAACUCUGAACUCUGGAAUGAUCCUGUAUCUACUGUUGUAGAGAAAGGUCAGGAAGACAAACUUUUACUUGUAACCAAAUCUGGCCAUUUUCCUCACAUUCCGUUUUUCUGUGCUGGUCCUGACUCGUGCUGCUCAGAUCUCCUGUGGCGUGAACCGGGUUUGGAUUUAAAUCAAAGACCCUGUAAACCUGUCCAAAAUCAAAAUGUUACAGCUAAGACCACCAUCAAAAACACAUUACCACGAUCUGAGGAGGUGGGAAAACCAGCCGAGGAUUUUAUAAAUGUACACAACACAUCGGGUACAGAACAGGGAGUAUUAAGUCCCCAACACAUGUGUAGAUGGUCGAACAUUGUCAGAGGGGAUGGUAUUCUCGGUACACAGUUACAAGACCAGUUACUACUACAUGAUGAAGAAAAUAAUAGCGACAGCUAUGAGGAGUCUAUAGAUCUAGAGUUUAAUGAUAAUUCUCGUCCCAUUGUUCAAACUUCACUUCAGGCAGAGAGUAAUACUAGACCAGCUGUUUCACCAUUAAACAAUCAGUGUAAUUUUAGAGAGCAUCUGUUAAAAUCACUAGACCAGCAUCAAUCUCCGACAUUGUCGUCUGAUUCAGCCACAACUGAUCUGGACAGAAGCUCCACCAAUGACUGGGCUGACGCAGACUCGAGUGACGUCAACGCUCGGUACGGACAAAGUAAGAGGAACAGUUGUCCCAAUCCAGGAUACAGUCGUGAUUCCUGUAUGUCAAAGUCAUGCGCAAGAUACUCGCCAAAGAGAUACAGAAAGAAAACACAUUCAAGGUCAAGGUCAAUGGAACAUGAGGUCGUCAUGGAUCUUAUUCGAAAUCGUGUAAUGGCAGGAAACGGAAUCGACUCUGAUUCAACAGAAGAGUCCUCAGUUGGAAAAAAUGCACUUAUAGCUAAAGGUCAAGGUCACCAAGCAGAUUGUAAAGGUCAUACAUUACAGGCAGAAGUUUCAGAACAUUUCAUUGACCUUGACACAGAUAGCCAUGAGAAUCCCACCAUGGACAGCUGUUCAGAAAGUAGCCAAUCAGCGGACAGUCAUUGUUAUACCGGAUGUGGGCCUGCCACCGGUAUACUAGGCCUGAGAUACGCCAUCCCGUACCUGUCAGAAAGACUCAAGAUGAGUUUGGCAAAAAGGAUUGAAUCUGGAAACUCGGGCAAGCAAACAUCACAAAAACAUCGACAAAAGAGCCCCGAGGACAUUAGCAGACUUGAAGCAGGUAUCCAAAGUGAUCCAGGAUGUUCAACGCAUACACAGCAGGCCCUGAAUGACCUUGACCAAUGCGGAGAGUGCAACAUUAAGUCCCUAGAACACGGACUCCGUCGCAAUGUUUCCAAUAUGUGUGAAACUAACGUUCUGCCCCUGUCAGAUAGGGAAGGAAUUGUGGGUAAACUCUGGGGACUCAAAGACUGUCACCUUAAUGGCCAACAUUCCAAUAUCUCAAAUAACAUUCCAAAUAAAUUCCAGACUCAAGAGCCAUAUUUUCUAGGUCAAGGUCAUGCUGUGGUUAAAGAUAGAUAUUUGAAGGGAAAAUGUGUUUGUCCUAUCUCCAAUGAUGAUUGUAGCCACGAUGAAAUUUCUCAAACGGACGAAAGUGAAGGCCUUGAGAUCUCUCAUUCCUUUCAAUAUAUAGACAUAUCUGAUGGUGAAAUGGACACUUUCGAUCAUUCCCAGUUACAAACUGAUCUUGUAACGGAUUCAGAUUCACUUAAACAAACACAGGUUUCCAAGCUGUAUACAGAUAGUGUAUCAUGUGAUGAUAUAUGCAACUCUCUAAAAUCUCAGACCAACCUUCCUGGUAAAUCUCACUCGUCCCAUCAGAGUUAUGUCCCUUUAGGAGAAUUCUCCCAAUCCGCACUACAUCCCAGCGAAACAACACAGCAACCUAGUCAAAUACCUCUUCAUAGUUACACCUCUUGUGUCCUAGAAUCUAAUCCUUGUAAAACGGAACUCUCAGAAUCUCUCAACCAAAUUAGUUUUCUUCCUUGUGAGGAAAUCUCUGAAUCUCUGAAGCUGAUUGGACAAGGUGAGGACACAGAGAAUUGUAGCUGUGCUGAAACAGGAUUUCUCUCCACGGACGGUAUAGACCUGGAGGAUGUGGAGGAAAGUCGCACCGAUCUACAGUUCUUGUCUAUUGAGCAAGAUACGUCUGACUGUAGCUCCAUCCACUCCGAUACAGACAGGAGUAACCUGAGCGAGGAACUUCCUGUUCGCAGUCUGUUUAGUACACACAGUGAUUCGGACAGCGGUGAAGCCGAUGAUGAAUUUGAAUGCGAGUGUGAGCAUUGUCUUCAACUGAGGUCAAGAAAUGACAGUACCCUUAGAAGUCAAGAUCAAGGCCACGUUCAUCCCAGUACCAGUGACCUAUCUGUGGUUGAGGAUGAGGCUCAAGGUCAUCAAAGGUUACCAGAUGGAGAGUUGGAGGAAGGUCUCUACAGGAUCAGUAUAGCAGAGUUAAGUCCCCUUAGUAGUAUAAUGAACAGCCGACGUAAUGAACUGGAGUUUAUGUUUGAGAACGUGAUUCUGCAGAUGUUAGCAGUCCAUCCUGACUUACUAUCGGACGCCACACCUCCACCAGCCGAUCAGUCUGUGAUCGACACACUCCCCUCUCUGCCUGUAAGCCAGGGACAUCUUGCCAUCAGUCUAUCUUGUCCUAUCUGUCUAUGUGUAUGUGAAGAGAAAGAAGUACUGAGUUGUCUCCCCUGCCAACACCUCUUUCAUCAGCUGUGUAUACAGGCCUGGUUGAUCAAGUCUGGAACUUGCCCCGUGUGUAGACGAACCCUCUGACGACACUUUUAUUAGGAUGUCAAUUAUUUAUUAUAUCUAGUCUGUCAAUCACUGUCUAAUUAUAGUGAGUCAUUAUGAUACUCUAACAUGUUGUAUGGUUUGUGAAGUCUACUAUACUUUUAAUAUAUUACUCUCUAUACAGUAUACUAAUUAAUUACCUGAUGUUGUGGAUGGACAUCAACACUAAUUAAUUACCUAGUGUUGUGGAUGGACAUCGACACUAAUUAAUUACCUGAUGUUGUGGAUGGACAUCAACACUAAUUAAUUACCUGAUGUUGUGGAUGGACAUUGACAUUAAUUAAUUACCUGAUGUUGU